CUUCGGUUGCAGGUGUAGGCUACCCGAACCGAUUAGCCCACCUCAUCACCUGAACACUUGAGAGCAGAAACUGUGACGCAAUGUGAACUCUUGUGAUAAUUAGCCUUACAAUAGCUUUAUUUAUACAUCCUUGCACCUAAAGAAGAAAGAAAAUGGCUUGUACUGAGUAUUCUUUUCAUGUGCCAAGUCUAGAGGAACUUGUUGGAGUUCUGCAAAAGGGGCUGAAGGAUAACUUUGCUGAUGUCCAGGUCUCUGUAGUUAACUGCCCUGAUUUGACUAAGGAGCCAUUUACCUUUCCUGUAAAAGGCAUCUGUGGGAAAACUAGAAUUGCAGAGGUAGGAGGUGUGCCUUACUUACUGCCUCUUGUAAAUCCAAAAAAAGUUUAUGAUCUAAAUAAGAUUGCAAAAGAAAUCAAGCUUCCUGGAGCUUUUAUUCUUGGAGCAGGUGCAGGCCCAUUUCAGACUCUUGGGUUUAAUUCUGAGUUUAUGCCAGUUGUUCAAACAGAAAGUGAACACAAACCUCCUGUGAAUGGAAGUUACUUUGCCCGUGUUAAUCCUGCAGAUGGAGGGUGCCUUCUAGAGAAAUACAGUGAGAAAUAUCACGAUUUUGGGUGUGCACUACUGGCUAAUCUUUUUGCCAGUGAGGGCCAAGCUGGAAAGGUCAUUGAAGUGAAAGCUAAAAGAAGAACUGGAAAACUUAAUUUUGUGACUUGCAUGAGACAGACUCUUGAGAAACAUUAUGGAGAUAAGCCUGUAGGAAUGGGAGGUACUUUUGUAAUUCAGAACGGAAAAGUGAAGACUCACAUAAUGCCUGCAGAGUUUUCAUCCUGCCCAUUGAACUCUGAUGAGAAGGUGAAUAACUGGUUGAAUUUUUAUGAGAUGAAAGCUCCUUUGGUUUGUCUGCCAGUUUUUGUCUCCAGAGACCCAGGGUUUGAUCUGCGAUUGGAGCACACUCAUUGUUUUAGUCACCAUGGAGAAGGUGGACACUACCAUUGUGACACUACCCCAGAUACAGUGGAAUAUCUUGGAUACUUCCUGCCUGCAGAAUUUCUCUAUCGCAUUGAUCAACCAAUAGAGACCCAUUCAUUUGGGCGAGAUUAAAUGAACUGAAACAGAAAAAGAAAGGUUAAUUGAUGAACUCAUUAAUUCUAAUAUAAAAUCUAACAGAAAUUAUCUCACUCCUUAAAUCCCAUUUUUUUGCCUUUUGAAAUGAAAGGUACAUUGACAUUUGCACUCUGUAUUACUUCUCAAAUCUGUCAUAAAGAGAUUAUUGGGAACAAAGAUACAUAAUGGAAAUGUUCUUCACUAUUUUUUUAUUCUGUAACAGAAAAAUCAGUCUCAUGUUUAUACCUUAAAUAUAAACAUGAUUAGGAAUCAUGUAAUUAUUCCUACUAUCUACUAUAAUAACUUAUAUUUGUAUGACAUUAAGUUUUUCAAAUUACUCUCACAACUGUUAAGUGGGUAUUUCUGGGUAUUAGGAAAAUUGGUGUUGGAAAUGUUGAUAGUUAUUGAAACUCUGUACUGCAAUUCAAAAAUUCAGAUUAGAAAUCAGAGUGUACUUUCAUCAUGGAAUAAAGUGGGCAGAGGGAGCAACUAUACCCCUUUUGGUGAAGCUGAAACAUACUCAGAAGUUUGCAGUUUGCCUUUCGCAAACAUUAGCAAAGUAGGUAGUUAGCUAUGAUUCCCAACUUCCCAACUGGAAGCAGUUUGUACCUUUUGGGCUAUUUGCAAGAAGAGGGAAAAGAAAUAGCAUCAAAACACAGCACUGAAAUGAGGUACUUUAUAAGUGAGGCUACUGCUAAACAUGGCCACUGUCCUUUAUGAAAUUUAAAAUUAUACUCUUUUACUUAUGGUAAUUGUUGAAAUUUUCUUCAAUAUUCUACUAUAAUCAUUAGCAAGAAAUGAACUCUUUAAUCUCACUAAUGCUAACUGUGAGCAGAUUUUGGAGCUCUUUACUAGUGAGCACAUAAUAAAUCUUCAAAAUAUUUCCUGAUUGUCUUUUUUAGAUGUUACCUAUAGCAUAUCCUGUGAGUAUACAUUCCUAAAUAUUAUUUUAAAAUAAGCACGUUUGAAGCAAAAAAAUAAAAAUGUUAUAUUCAGAAUAUGA